AUGCUAGCAUUUCCUCCCUUAAAGCUCGUGAAGCUCGCUACAACUUUGUUUUUGCUGGUCUAUUCAUCUGCGAUUAUCUUUCGCUUGGCUGCUGACUUAGAUAGUAAUGAGCGCUCUGCCUUUUUCACUUCACAAAUAGCCCACGAAAUAACAAGUCUUUACGAAUCGGCAGAGUCACAUUCAAUUGACUGGUCACGAUUUGCUUACGUGCAGUAUGCGACAAAUUCCGACUAUCUUUGCAAUGCUGUUAUGAUGUUCGAACGUCUACACCAGUCAGCUAGUCGAGCUGAUCGAGUGCUCAUAUAUCCAACGGAAUAUUCGUCAGAGAGUGCGGCAACAUCUUGGCAACAAACCCUGCUUCGAAAGGCUCGCGAUGAAUAUAAUGUAACAUUGAGGCCAGUUGAGUUAAUCAGCCGAGAGAGUGGUGACCGAACGUGGAGCGAGAGCUUCACCAAGCUCCUCGCAUUCAACCAAACUCAAUAUUCUCGCGUCCUUUGUCUAGACUCUGACGCAACACUAUUCCAGGUAACAUUGAAUCACUAA